CGACCGGCGAGGAGAAGGAAGGAUCAGCGGGACUGUACCGUUAAUCUGUUGGCGUGAGUGACCGGAGGACGGCUUUACUGGGACGUUACCUCGGCUUGGUCUUAUUCAGAUCAAUUCUUUUUAUUUAUUAAUUAUUUUUUUAUUUAUUUUAUUUUAUUUUAUUUUUUUAGAUUUUAUUUGAUUCUAUUCUGUUCCGGACUGCAGAGGAGGCGCACGGAGUAGAAUUAAACAGAGGGAGAGCGACAUUAACAGAGACUGAGAAACUGAGAGAGAGAGAGAGAGAGAGAAGCUUUCCACUGUAAAGUCAAAAUCCUACAAAAAUCCGUUGUGAAAAAGCUUUGAAAUGACUGGACCUCAGCUAUUGGACCUGUUUUGGAGAUCUUAAAAUCCAUGUGCAUCAGUCACCAUACUCAGCCUCACCCACGGGAUUGUUUUAGGAAUAAUAAGACUUUUCCGCCCUUGUGCUUGGGAUAUUUUUUCUUGUAGUGGAAUUCCUAAUUUUCACCGAGCGAGGACAGGAAAAAGAAAGGAGGGAAGGAGGCACUACUGAGAAGAAGAAGGAGAAGAGGAGGAGAAAAAGAGAAGGAGAAAAAAAAAAGAAGAGGCACAAGGAGCGGGGGGGGGAUCAUUUCAGUUUCUGUCGGAUGGGAUUCUUCAAUUACCCCGCGGAUGGAGGGAUGAAACCGGGAGGAAAAGACGGGGAGAGAGAGAAAGCGAUAGGAGGGAGAAGAGGAGGAUGUAGUCGUCGGGCGCUGUGAGAAUGCAAAACGGACGCACCCCUCUGGAAGGCAGGAUUGAACUAUAAACCCAUACGGAAUUUACAGCCACCCAAAGGAUAUUAAAUCUAUUUACCUGGACGCACACAUAUAUGGGGCAUAUUCUCUUCUCUGGAACCUAUUUGUGUGGAGUUACAACUAAUACCACCACUACCAUUCCAAUUAUGGGAUUUGGAAAAAUAAUUGCCCUCUGACACUCGAAGAAACUUAAACGUCCGGAAAGAGUGAAGGAGAAUAGACAGAAGGUUCUGGAGCUGCAUACUCACCCAUGAUGUUAUAGCUGUGGUACCAUGUGAAUUCUGAAGUGGAGUGUUAUCACUUGUACAUUGAGGUGUUGUGUCCAAGUGGGGUGGUAACCAUGGAGAGGAUGUUACUGUGUGUGAUGCUUGCAGUUGCCAUGGCAGUGCGGGCACAGAUCUGCCCCAAACGCUGCGUCUGUCAGAUCCUGUCACCCAAUCUGGCAACCCUCUGCGCCAAGAAAGGUCUGCUGUUUGUACCACCGAACAUUGAUAGGCAUACAGUGGAGCUCCGGCUGGCUGACAACUUUGUCACAAGUGUGAAGAGGAAAGAUUUUGCAAACAUGACACGGCUGGUGGAUCUAACAUUAUCGAGAAACACCAUCUCAUAUAUCACACCUCAUGCCUUUGCUGAUCUAGAGAACCUCAGAGCCCUUCACCUCAACAGUAACCGCCUGACGAGGAUAGGGAAUGAUACAUUCAGCGGGAUGUCAAAGCUUCAUCACCUUAUUCUGAACAACAACCAGCUGGUGCUCAUCCACCAGGGAGCGUUCAAUGACCUGCUGGCUCUGGAAGAACUGGACCUGAGUUAUAAUAACCUAGACUCGAUUCCAUGGGAGGCCAUACAGAAAAUGACGAGCCUCCACACGUUGAGUUUAGACCACAACAUGCUGGAGUAUAUUCCAGAGGGAACAUUUUCCCUUCUACAGAAACUCAACCGGCUGGACGUCACAUCCAACAAACUCCAAAAGCUUCCACCUGAUCCACUAUUUCAAAGAGCACAGGUCCUGGCCACAUCAGGGAUCAUCAACCCCUCUUCUUUUGCGCUGUCAUUCGGUGGAAACCCCCUCCACUGUAACUGUGAGCUACUUUGGCUAAGGAGGCUAAACCGAGAGGAUGAUCUUGAGACGUGCGCCUCACCUCAGCAUCUCUCUGGGAGAUACUUCUGGUCCAUCCCUGAGGAGGAGUUCCUGUGUGAACCACCUCUCAUCACCAGAUACUCCCAUGAGAUGAGGGUCCUGGAGGGGCAGAGGGUCGCACUCAGGUGCAAGGCAAGAGGUGACCCAGAGCCAGCCAUCCACUGGAUCUCUCCUGAGGGUAAGCUGGUGUCCAACUCCUCCAGAACACUGGUCUACACCAAUGGGACUCUGGAUAUUCUCAUCAGUACAGUCAAAGACACUGGCUCCUUCACCUGCAUCUCAUCCAACCCUGCCGGGGAAGCCCACCAAACAGUGGACCUGGUGAUUAUUAAACUCCCCCACAUCUCCAACAACACCAACAACAUACAGGAACCUGACCCGGGAUCAUCAGACAUUUCCACGUCGACCCGAGGCGGAGCCAACGGGAGCAACGUGACGGGUGACGUGAAAGGCGGUGUGGAUAAGCGGGUAGUGACGGCCGAGGCCACGUCGUCCACUGCAUUGAUCAAGUUCAACUUCCAGAGGAAUAUUCCAGGCAUUAGGAUGUUCCAGAUCCAGUAUAACGGCAGCCAGGACGACUCACUUGUGUAUAGAAUGAUCCCUCCUUCAAGCAAGAACUUCCUGGUGAACAACCUGGCGGCGGGUACCCAGUACGACCUCUGCGUUCUGGCCAUCUACGAUGAUGUCAUCACCUCGCUGACAGCAACCCGUGUGGUCGGCUGUGUGCAGUUCACCACAGAGUCAGAGUACAUGAGGUGUCAUUUUAUGCAGUCUCAGUUCCUCGGUGGAACUAUGAUUAUCAUCAUUGGAGGGAUAAUAGUGGCCUCGGUGCUCGUUUUCAUCAUCAUCCUGAUGAUACGGUACAAGGUGUGUAACCCUGGCGAGGGAGGUAAAGGUGUGUCUAUGUCAAUGACCAACGUUCACUCCCAGACCAAUGGGCAGCAGUCGCAGGGAUGCACUGUGACUCCUAGCGCCUCUAAACAUGGCUCAAUUGGAUUAGAUGACCUCUCAGGAGGCACAAAGAAAAGGAGCGGAGGAGCAGGCAAAGAUACAAUGACUCAGUCGUCUGACUCUCCGCUGCCUGACUGCUCCACAUCAGUCGUCAGCCAGUCCUGGGCCGCCCGAAGCCCCACAGCAGCAGUUGGAGCUGAUGACCGGGAGAAACCAGGGGAAGAGAGGCGGUCUUUGGCCGGGGAGAGGGCUGGCGUCUCAUCGCCCACCUCCUCCGGUUCACUAACCAAGCCAAAGCGAAAGCCAGCCCCGAGUAAGCCGGGCUCAACCUGCUCCAACACCACCUCUACGACUAUAGUUGAAAACAUGCCCUGCUCCUCUCCACGUCCUCCUUCCUCUGCCUCCUCCACUGCCUCGUCUGCUCUCCUACCUUCCGCCACUCCUCUGGAAAACCUCAACACCAACCGUAACAACUCCACCUCGCUCAACCAAACACCCACUCCCUUCGCCCCAUCCGCUUUCUCCAGCCCUCUCGCCACCCCCAGUCCCGUCCCAUCUCUCCGAUUCAGAGAAACACCCAUCCUUCGCCGGGCUCCUCGCGCCGCCUCCUCCUGCUCCGCCAAGUACCAGACUCUGCCUGUGGAAGAGGGAGGGAGGAGCAGGGCAAGGAGGAGGUAUUCCCUCAGUGAAGGAGGCUCAAAGACUUACUCGUCUCAUCAAGGAGGAGGAGGAGCACCCAAAUUAGGGCGCAUAAUGCGGAACAAAAGGAGCCAAUCAAUGAGCGGUAUGUUACUCCCUAAAGAUGGGGAUGGAGACUCGGACAAGGGACGGUGUGAUUCUGACUGGAUCUUAGAAAGCACCGUUUGAACUGAAAUGAGACAGUGACCAUACAAAGAUGGAGACUCAGUUUAUUCAUUAUAUCUUUUGUAUGAUGUCUGAAGUUAUGUGUGUGCGUGUGUGUGUGUUAUUUUGGAUUUUUGUUAUAGAUGUAUGAGUGAAACUGUGUGGUUUGUUGCUCCUGGUGUGUGUGUUCAUGUUAGUUUGACCUUUUUGUUACAGAUCUGUGAGAGAACGAAUGAAUGCAUGUUUGUUAAUAAGUGUGAGCGUAUGUUUUAUUUGUUGACUUUUUUUUUUUUUCAGAACUUUUCUCCACAAAUCUUUGUAUUCAGUUUACAUUUUUUUUUUUCACUUUGACAGUUUCUGUUUUGCAGUUGGUCAUUCAGCGAGUGGAUAACUUGCCUUGUCUCGUUGCGUCCCCGAGUUGUCUCGUCGGUCCACUUUAUAGCACAAAAGAAAACAACAAUGGGCUCGCCACGUCAUUUCUCAAUUCACACUCACCUUAUCCGAAAAUACCACAAAAAGGGAAUUAUUACAGGAAAAAAAGGAAUAAAAACAAUAUAAGAACUGAGAAGCACACUAUUCUAUGUUCACAUGCCCACAGGAAGUGUGUGUCCGUACAGUGGCAAGAGAAUAGCGGUCGGUGCCUUCUUUUGCACUAACGUUCCUUCAAACCCUCUGACAGGUGAUAUAACCGGACUAAGGACUCCACCACGCUCCGUAAACGAGGAAAUAGGAUGGAGGGGACAAACAAAACGAAGAGAGAUUUCACACAUAGCCUUUCUUACCUUCUGAGGAAUACAGACGUUUCCUGACAUAUAGACACAUACAGAGACAAAACGGAACAAACAGAUGAAGACUUUAACAGACCUCUUAUGAAAUUGAUAUUUUUUAAAGGGAAGAAUAAAAAAAAAAAGAACAUAAAAAAAAAACGUGAGCUUUUCACUGACAUUGGUAUACUACAGCCUGUGUUG